CAUUAUUUAUUUAUUUGUAGUGUGAUAAAAAGAGAAGAAGAAAAUUGCAAACAAAACAUAAACAUCGGAGGCAGAGAGAGAGAGAGAGUGUGUGAAGAGGAAUGGGGUCUUCUCCAUCGGUACCAGAGAAAUCAAUCCAUGAAUUCACUGUCAAGGAUAGCAGAGGUCAGGACGUGAACCUUGGUAUCUAUAAAGGGAAGGUUCUUCUUGUGGUUAACGUCGCCUCUAAAUGUGGAUUUACAGAUUCAAAUUACACCCAGUUGACUGAUCUUUAUAAAAAUUACAAGGACAAAGGUUUGGAAAUCUUGGCGUUUCCAUGUAACCAGUUUUUGAAUCAAGAGCCUGGGACAAGCGAGGAUGCUCAAAACUUUGCUUGUACUAUGUACAAGGCUGACUAUCCAAUUUUCCACAAGGUUCGUGUUAAUGGACCAAAUGCUGCACCUGUAUACAAGUUCCUCAAGGCAAGUAAACCUGGAUUUCUGGGAAAUAGGAUAAAGUGGAAUUUUACCAAGUUCUUGGUUGACAAGGACGGGCAUGUCCUUGGUCGCUAUAGCACAAUCACUGCUCCUAUGGCCAUUGAGGCUGAUAUCAAGAAAGCACUGGGAGAGAUGUGACUUGCGAGAGAGAGAUUAAAAAAUAGCAUGUAUAUCAAUCAAGCCAUGGUUACUUAAACAUAUAAACUAUAAUUAAAACUUUUAUUUUUUUUUAUUUUGUGAGAAACUGGCCCUUGCUUGCUUGGUUGUUCUCAUGUCUAUAUUUUGGAAUAAAUAGAAAAAUAUUUGCUA